UUAUACCCCUUGGUAUCAAUAGCACACCAAAGUAUUGUGUGUGUUUUAUUUAACCGAGCGGACCGUCUCUGGUUUUUAACUUAUUGUGUAAAUACUGUAAAUGAAUUUUUAACUUUAGAAUAGUAAGUGGCUUUUUUUUAAUUUCAUAUUCUUUACUUUUAUCUACUUUUACUUAACCUACGACUAUGGGUAUGGAAUCGCAGAGCAAGCUGAACAAACUGCUGUCGAAAAAAACAAAAAAGAAGCCUGAUCUCGUCUUGGAUCUUGGCACUCAGUUUCAGAAGAGCGAUGUCCCAACUUUGCCCAAGAGAAAUGGAGACGUCAUACUUUACCCUGUAGACAGUAAUGGUGAGCUAAUCCUCAGCCCCAGAGCUAAAAAAUCUGCAGUUUCAACACAGGCAGGUGACGAGUUCAGCAGGUUGAAAGGAGCUAAGAGCAAUGCCAAAGUUUCAACAUCCACGGAUCCUCCAGAAAUACCCAGAAGACAUCUUUUAGGAGACUUUAACAUGGCGACUGGACAAGAGGCAGUGAAUCGAGAGCUGCAGCCAUCCCAUGGGUCACUGGAACGGUUCAUAGAACGUGACAUCUAUUUUGGCCUCACCAGUCAGCAACUAGAUCCAGUAGCCGUACCGUCUAGAGUGCUGGAGAUCCGGGGUGGUGAAAUGGGACAUCAGGACUUCGGUUCUUUUCUAGAAGAUCUAAGACAAUUCUUCACCCCGAACGUACGCCCAAGACAAAUGAAAAAAAAAUGAUUUUAUUUUUUUUUUAUUUUUGGUUUUAAAAGUGAAUAUUUCACUGUCAAACUCAGAGACAUUU